UGCCAAGGGUCAGUCAUGACCCCAAAGGGCCUGGUGAGAGGUACCAGAGAUGGGCCAGUUCCACUGGAAGAUCUUUUACCUCAGGCAGUAGACUUCCUCAAGCAGUACUACAGUUCCUUUAAAGAGCCAAAAAUCAAAGAGCAGCUGGGCCGGCUGGAAACAGUGACCAAGGAGAUAGAAACAACAGGAACCUACCACCUGACAAAGGAUGAGCUGAUCUUUGCUGCCAAGCAGGCCUGGAGGAACGCGCCCAGGUGCAUUGGAAGAAUCCAGUGGUCCAAUCUGCAGGUGUUUGAUGCACGGGACUGUAAAACAGCCAAGGAAAUGUUUGAGCAUAUCUGUCGUCAUAUUCAGUAUGCCACAAAUAAUGGCAAUAUAAGGUCAGCCAUCACGGUGUUCCCGCAGAGGACGGACGGGCAGCACGAUUUCCGUGUGUGGAACAGCCAGCUGAUCCGCUACGCUGGCUACCAAAUGCCAGAUGGCUCUGUCCUUGGAGACCCUGCCACUGUGGAGUUCACUCAGUUGUGCACUGAGCUUGGGUGGAAGCCGAAAUAUGGCCGCUUUGAUGUACUUCCACUUGUUCUCCAAGCAAAUGGCCGAGACCCAGAAAUAUUUGAAUUACCUCCAGAAAUUGUCCUCCAAGUGCCAAUGGAGCAUCCAAAGUACGAGUGGUUUAGGGAGCUGGACCUGAAGUGGUAUGCACUGCCUGCUGUGGCCAGCAUGCUGCUGGAGGUGGGAGGGCUGGAGUUCACCGCCUGUCCCUUCAAUGGCUGGUACAUGGGGACAGAGAUUGGAGUGCGGGACUUUUGUGAUGCUCAGCGCUACAACAUCCUGAAGGAGGUGGGGAGGAGAAUGGGACUGGAAACAAACAAACUCUCAUCAUUAUGGAAGGACCGAGCUGUUGUAGAGAUCAAUGUGGCUGUGCUUCACAGCUUCCAGAAACAGAAUGUAACCAUCAUGGAUCACCACUCGGCCGCCGAGUCCUUCCUGAAGUACAUGCAGAGCGAGUACCGUGCGCGGGGCGGCUGCCCGGCAGACUGGGUGUGGAUUGUGCCUCCCAUGUCAGGCAGCAUAACCCCUGUGUUUCACCAAGAGAUGCUGAACUAUGUCCUCACUCCCUUCUAUUACUACCAGGUGGAUGCAUGGAAAACACAUGUGUGGCAUGAUGAGACCCGCAGGCCAAGGAAAAAAGAAAUAAGGUUUAGCAUCUUGGCAAAGGCUGUGCUCUUUGCAUCCUCACUCAUGCAAGGAGCAGUGGCCACCAGGGCCAAGGUCACUGUGAUCUAUGCCACAGAGACGGGCAAGUCAGAGACGCUCGCCAAUAACCUGUGCAGCCUGUUCAGCUGUGCCUUCAGCACUAAGAUUCUGUGCAUGGAUGAGUACAAUAUUUGUGACCUGGAAAAAGAAACACUUCUUUUAGUGGUUACUAGCACUUUUGGAAAUGGAGAUUCUCCAGGUAACGGAAAGACCUUGAAGGACUCCUUGCUCAGACUGAAAGUGCUGAGAAAUAAAAUUAGAUAUGCUGUGUUUGGUCUGGGAUCCAGCAUGUACCCAGAGUUCUGUGCCUUUGCUCAUGCCAUUGACCAAAAACUGGCCCAACUUGGGGCUUCCCAGCUCACUCCAGUGGGUGAAGGGGAUGAACUCAAUGGGCAAGAAGAAGCUUUCCGUAGCUGGGCAAUCAGUGCUUUCAAGACUGCCUGUGACAUUUUUAACAUCCGUGGGAGACACAGUAUUCAGUUGCCUGAGAUCUACAGCUCUGAGGAAAGCUGGGACCCUACUAAUUACAGGCUAGUGCACGACUCCCAGCCCAUGGACCUGGCUAAAGCUCUUGCAAGCAUUCAUGCCAAGGAUGUAAUUCCCAUGAAGCUGAAAUUCAGGCAGAAUCUUCAAAGUUUGAAGUCCAGUCGUGUUACCAUUCUGGUUAAACUUCACUGUGAGACUAACCAGGAAGUGCAUUACCUUCCUGGGGAGCACAUCGGGAUUUUUCCAGGCAACCAGGCAGAGUUAGUCCAUGGCAUUAUUGCACGAGUCAAGGAUGCCCCUCCAGCUGACCAGACUAUCAGGCUUGAAACCUGCAUUGAUGGUGGAUACUGGACAAGUCAUAAAAAGGUUCCAGCCUGCACACUACCUGAGGCUUUGACAUACUUGCUUGAUAUCACUACUCCACCCUCCCAACAACUGCUAAAAAAACUCUCCCAGCUGGUGACAGCAGAAGGAGACAAACAGAGGCUGGAAGUGUUGUGUCAGGUGAAAGAAUACAAUAAAUGGAAGUUUUACAACAGCCCGAACAUCCUGGAGGUCCUGGAGGAAUUCCCCUCUGCUGAGAUCUCCACAGCUUUCCUGCUGACUCAGCUGCCAUUUCUGAAGCCCAGGUACUAUUCUGUCAGCUCAUCCUGUGACAUGACAGCCAGAGAGAUUCAUCUGACAGUUGCAGUUGUAAACUACAGGACAAGAGAUGGAAAAGGGCCUUUGCACCAUGGAGUCUGCAGCACGUGGCUGAACACAAUAGAGCUCAAUGAAACCGUUCCCUGCUUCAUCCGCAGUGCUAAUGACUUCCACCUGCCGGAGGAGCCCGCCAGGCCCUGCAUUCUGAUCGGCUCGGGCACCGGGAUCGCUCCCUUCAGGAGCUUCUGGCUGCAGCGCCUCUAUGACCUGGAGCACAGAGGGCUCAGGGGAGGGGACAUGACGCUGCUCUUCGGCUGCCGGCAGCCAGACCUGGAUCACAUCUACAGAGAGGAAACUGAGGAAAUGAAGAGGAAGGGAGUCCUGAGAGAUGUCUACACAGCUUAUUCCAGACUGCCUGGCCAAGACAAAGUCUAUGUGCAGGACAUCCUGCAGAGGCAGCUGGAGGCCCGCGUGUGCGAGGUGCUGCAGGUGCAGCAGGGCCACAUCUACGUGUGCGGGGACGUGCGCAUGGCGCGGGACGUGGCGCGGGCGCUGCGGGCGCUGCUCGCCCGGGGCCUGCGCCUCAGCCAGCAGCAGGCAAACGAGUACUUCCAGCAGCUCAAGAGCCAAAAGCGAUACCAUGAAGAUAUAUUUGGGGCUGUGUUCCCACAUGAAGUCAAAAGAGCUUUGCAACCCAGCAGCUGA